AUGACUGAUCUCUCACCCUCCCUCUGGGUUUCCCCUUGGGUGCUGCGCGUGUUUUACAGCGCCGAGCGGCGCGGGUGCCGCCGCUGCCCGGGAGCCCUGGGCGCUGCCCCGGCACGGCGCUGCCCCGGCACGGCGCUGCCCCGGACCGCGGCUGCCGCACGCGCGGCUCCGGCUGUUCCGCCGGGGCCGACGAGGGCGAAGGGAGAGGGGGCGGCACGGAGCGAAACCCCCAGGCUACCCGCGGCCCGGGGUGACCGAGCGGAGCCACAGGCACGGGGACAGCCCGACCCCAACCGAUGCUAUUCGCGGCGAGGCUCGCUCCGCUCAGGGGAGACCCGCUCAAGGGGAGAGAGCCCCUCCGCCACUGACCUCGCACUCAGCCCCGCCCGGCCGGCCGCGCUCCGCUCAGCUCCCUCCGCCUUCCUGCAGCCCGGCAGCUGCAGCCGCCGCUCGCUCCAAGCAUUGUCUAAAAUGGUAAAAAAUGCUGUGGUUCUUCAGCUCUGGGAGAAGGACAGGGAUUAAUAAAAUGCUAAACUCGGUAGCAGCAAGAUGAAAAGAGGAUUUUUGGUCAAAACAAGAAUAGGGAGGGAAAG